CAGGCCACAGUGGAGGCAGGUCCAGGCGCAGCUCUGACUGGGGCAGGUCGGCGGCGGUUGCCGCGGUGGUGACAAGAGAGUGGCCGGGCCCCUACGACCCGGGGCGGAGCUCUGCGAUCCAAGUGCUCGGCUCCCCAAGCGAGGUGGGCGGGCGGCUCGGGACCCUGGCCAGGGCCGGCAUGGAGCGGUGGCGUGACCGGCUGGCACUGGUGACGGGAGCCUCGGGGGGCGUCGGCGCGGCCGUGGCCCGAGCCCUGGUCCAGCAGGGACUGAAGGUGGUGGGUUGUGCCCGCACCGUGGGCAACAUCGAGGAGCUGGCUGCCGAAUGUAAGAGUGCAGGCUACCCCGGGACUUUGAUCCCCUACAGAUGUGACCUGUCAAAUGAGGAGGACAUCCUCUCCAUGUUCUCGGCGGUCCGCUCUCAGCACAGCGGUGUGGACAUCUGUAUCAACAACGCUGGCUUGGCCCGGCCUGACACCCUGCUCUCAGGCAGCACCAGCGGUUGGAAGGACAUGUUCAAUGUGAACGUGCUGGGCCUCAGCAUCUGCACACGGGAAGCCUACCAGUCUAUGAGGGAGCGGAAGGUGGAUGACGGGCACAUCAUUAACAUCAACAGCAUGUCUGGCCACCAAGUGCCACCCCAGUCCGUGGCCCAUUUCUACAGUGCUACCAAGUACGCCGUCACUGCGCUGACAGAGGGGCUGAGGCAAGAGCUUCGGGAGGCCCAGACCCACAUCCGAGCCACGUGCAUCUCUCCAGGAGUGGUGGAGACACAAUUCGCCUUCAAACUCCAUGACAAGGACCCUGAGAAGGCAGCUGCCACCUAUGAACACAUGAAGUGUCUCAAACCUGAGGAUGUGGCCAAGGCUGUCAUCUAUGUCCUCAGCACCCCGCCACACGUCCAGAUCGGAGACAUCCAGAUGAGGCCCACGGAGCAGGUGACCUAGUUUCCUGUGGGGAGCUCCUCCUUCCCUCCCUGCCCCUCAAGGCUUGGCACCUGCCUCUGGAUUUGGGGUGUUGAUUUCUGGACCCUUGGAUUCCACUUCCUUUCCCCACCCCCACCAGGGGCUGGAAAACUUGUUUGAGGUUUCAUAUAAUCUUGUCAAAUUGUUUCCACCAAAUUUGAAAAAUGGGCAGGGGAGAGGAGGUGGUGUCCCUGAUUGUUUUACCUGCUGAUUCAUUCUUGGUCUCCGUUUUGGGCUCUUUGACCUUUGUUUGCUGUCCUUGGUCUCUUCCCUUUGACCUGGAAAGGGACUGUGGCCAAAAGUGGGGCUUUCCCCUAUCUUCUUGCACCCCACCCCCGUCCCUUCAGGAUGAGGAGGCAGAGGGAAGCCCUCACCUUCCAUCUGAAUGGCUUUCGGGGCUCUGGGCUUCCUCCUUUCCCUGCAUCCCACCCCUCACCCCAUCUAUUCCCCAUCCCAGUUCUCCAGCCCCACUGUGGCUUCUCAGUCCCCGGUGGGGUCCUCACUCCACUCUAUGGCAGCAGAGUACCAGGGCCUGCCUCCCAUGUGGGUUUCACUGUGAUCAUUAAAAAAGAAAAACUGUGACAACCUA